AUGUCCGAACCGCUCUCAGAUGCCGAUAAAAUUCGCAAUAAGAGGUUAGCCAAAUUAGCUUCAUCGGCUUCAUCAACUCCAGAGUCUCCUGCAAGCAGUUCCCCACAGCCACCACCAUCAAGUUCACCGCAAUCUGAAUCAUUACAACGCGGUGCUACUGAGAUAUCAAAACAACAAGGUCAAGGCCAGAACGACAGCGUGGGAGCGCCUGAGAAAGGAAAGAGAAUAAAGAUAACCCCAGUCUCGUCCGCCACAAGCAAUGUGCCGUCACCAUCACCGUCGCCCGCGCCACCGAGGCGGACAGCUCCCAAGCAGGAGGAGUCCAUCGAGACAUUUGAGGAUAGGACACUACGAGCGCUGUUUUGUAUCACUCUCGAUGAGACCCAACAGAGGGAUGUGCACGGUCACAAGUUGACGUUCGUACCUGGAGUUCUCGCUGAGCUGAAAGAUGAGGGGUUGGAAACCAGGAUAUCUACUAGUGUCUUGGAUCAGGCGAUUCUGGAAGCUGCGUCGAACACAGGCCGCGGAAUCUCUCCUUUGGAUUACCUCUUGCCUUGCUGGAAGCGUGUGCGACGACUGAUCAAAGGAUUUCGCAAGACAUCAGAUGAUGACCCUAGAUUCGCCGUGGUCAGUGAGGCUAGACGCCUUUGCAUAAGUUACUCUAUUUUUGCAAUCACUAUGCCGGAUAUGUUUGGGCAAACACCGACUACCCGCUCACCAUUGAUCCUACAUCUUCUUCUCGAUGCGGAAGAUGACCGAGGCAUAGAUAUUGACUUCCUAUCGGAAGUUGUGAAGCAAUUUGAAGAACAAGAUGAUUUGAAAUCAACAAUCAUCACCACGGUGGAGCAAAUGAGUCAGGAGUUAGCCAUGAAGUCUAUGAAUGAUGACUACAAACCCUAUGUGACUGCUCUACGAAACCUCGUUCAUCACCCCGUUAUCGGUUCUGCUAUCACAGAGUCUCCGCGGUUCCUCAUUUCCACAGAUGCUGCAUCGUAUGAGCUGAGAACGAUGCUUGGUCCUUGGUUUCGUCUAUCCCCGCUUCAAGCCCCGGUGACUAUGACAUAUUUCUCCAGUCCCAAAACUCGAGAUCAGAGCUUUAUUUUGAACUCGCAGAGGUCGCUACGAAUGACACAGCAACUACUUAGCUCUGAUCUUCUUGAUAUCAUCAAUUAUUUGAUUCGCGCUUCCAGGGAGGCGAGAGAGAAGGUACUUGACUGGUUUGCGACUGCCAUCAACCUCAACCACAAAAGGAGAGCGAUGCAGGUUGAUCCCAGGACUGUGUCGUCUGAUGGCUUCAUGUUCAAUGUCACCACGACUCUGGACCAGCUUUGUGAACCGUUCAUGGAUGCGGCAUUUACAAAGAUUGAUCGCAUAGACGCGCACUAUCUUCAUCGAAACCCUCGCGUGCAGUUGCGUGACGAAACCAAGAUCAAUGCAGACCAGCAUGCAUCAGACGAAUUUUACUCCCGAAAAGUGGACGGCACAUCCAAUUUCAUUUCCGAAGUCUUUUUCCUGACUGUAGCAGCGCAUCACUACGGCAGCGAAUCGCUAACUUCCAAGCUAGACCAAUUAGAAAAAGACCUUCGCCAUAUGGAGUCGACCAUUAACAAGUUUGAGCUCGAGCGACAUAAAUGGAUACAUAAUCCGGCCCAAUUACGGACUUUCGAGGAUGCUUUAAAGAAGUACAAGGACAGACUUGACCUUGGUCUUGCUCUUAAAUACAGUCUUCAAGGCGUUCUUUUUGAUACCUUGUGGCAGACCCGUUCCAUGCAAUUCAUGAGAUAUGUCGUUGUAUGGCUCCUUCGUCUUGUUUCAUCAAUCGACCUUCCUAAGCAACAACUCGUCUUGCCUUUACCGGAAGAGGCUCGAGAGGUGUUCAAGUGUCUUCCUGAAUAUUUUAUUGAUGAUAUUGUUAGCAAUUUCAAAUUCAUCAUGUGGGCUAUGCCGCAAAUCGUCACCGCGACACAGGGAGAUGAGCUUGUGAUGCUGUGCAUUGCAUUCCUUGAGAGUUCACAAUACAUCAAAAAUCCUUAUCUUAAAGCUGGUUUGGUCUCUAUACUCUUUCGAGGAACCUGGCCUCGUCCCGGCGGAGCUAGAGGGAUACUCGUGGAUUUGCUCAACUCAAUGCCCUUUGCAAACCAGAAUCUCCUUCACGCUGUUAUGAAAUUCUAUAUCGAAGCUGAACACACGGGUACUCAUACACAAUUCUUCGACAAGUUCAAUAUUCGUUACGAGAUUUUCCAAAUCAUCAAAUGUAUCUGGAGUAAUCCAGCUUACAGGACUCAGCUCUCGAAUCAAGCAAAGCAGAAUCUUGAUUUCUUCGUGCGAUUUGUCAAUCUUCUUCUCAAUGAUGUUACUUUUGUUCUUGACGAAUCUUUUACGGCGUUUUUAACAAUCCACGACACGCAAGAGCUACUGAAUCGCGAAGGAAAUACCAUGGAACAAGCAGUGCGGCAAGAAAAGGAAGAGGCUCUGUCUGCAGCUCAAAGCCGAGCUAAGUCUUAUAUGCAAUUGACCAAUGAAACGGUUUCCAUGCUCAAAUUAUUCACAGAGGCACUGGCAGAUUCAUUCACCAUGCCUGAGAUCGUGCAACGGUUAGCAGACAUGUUAGACUACAACCUCGACGCCAUGGUAGGGCCCAGGAGCUCGAGUUUGCGGGUGACCAAUCUCCAAGAAUACGGCUUUAAUCCUCGGGCGCUCCUCAGUGAGAUUGUGGACGUGUAUCUGAAUUUGAUGAACAAAGAAAACUUUGUAUAUGCAGUGGCUCGUGAUGGCCGUUCGUACAAGCCGCAGAAUUUUGAGAAAGCUGCCGAGAUUCUUCGCAAGUGGGCAUUGAAGUCAGAUGAGGAGCUGGCCAGGUGGAUGGAGCUGCAGAAACGGGUCAAGAAUGCUAAGGAGGCGGAUGAACAGGCGGAAGAAGAUCUGGGAGAGAUUCCUGACGAAUUUCUUGAUCCGCUUAUCUACACCCUGAUGGAAGAUCCAGUUAUCCUACCCAGCUCGAAGGUCACAAUCGAUCGUGCCACGAUCCGCUCCCACCUGUUGAGUGACCCGAAUGACCCUUUUAAUCGAGCUCCAUUGCAAAUUGAAGAUGUCAUACCAAAUACGGACUUGAAAAAGCAAAUUGAAGAUUUCAAGACGGAGCGAAAAAAUGCUCGAUUGGAGGCCUUGAAAAAUGAUUCCAUGGAUACGACGACGGGAUGA